AUGAUCUCGUCUUUUGAUUUUAUGGAUCCUCCUUCACCCCAAGCACUCAUUUCUGCCAUGGAACAAUUGUACAGUUUAGGAGCACUGGAUGAGGAGGGGCUGCCCACCAAAUUGGGUAGGAAAAUGGCUGAGUUUCCUCUGGAUCCACCCUUGUCUAAGAUGCUAUUGGCCAGUGUGGACCUUGGAUGCAGUGAUGAGAUCAUGACCAUCAUUGCAAUGAUUCAGACUGGUAAUAUUUUUUACAGACCUAGGGAAAAACAAGCCCAGGCAGAUCAGAAGAGAGCCAAGUUUUUCCAGCCAGAGGGAGAUCAUCUGACUUUACUUGCAGUCUAUGAGGCAUGGAAAGCAAAGAAUUUUUCAGGGCCAUGGUGUUUUGAGAACUUAGUUCAAUCUCGAUCCUUGAGGAGGGCACAGGAUGUCAGAAAACAGCUUCUCAGCAUCAUGGACAA